AUGAAGAAGCUGGCCCAGGAGAAGUGGGAGCGGGCGGCCCUGCAGAAGUCACUGGGCCAGCGGCAGUUUUUUGUGCAGAGGGAGACCAACAUGGAGACAGCCAGCGAGUACGAGGGAGAUGAACACGCAUAUCUCGCCCUCCAGGAGCGAGGACGCCAUGUCCGGGUUCAAGCCCGUGCUAUCCUCAAAGCUUGCGUCCUGGAGUUGGGCAUGGAGGGGCGUCACCCUGGGAAGGUGUGGUGUGUUGUAGCAGUUGGAGCUAAGACUCUCAGGCUGCAGGAAGCACCCAGACGUCACAGCAAAAAUGGAGAAUGCAAAAAAGAAGUCAGCAAGUUACAAAGGAGGAAUGGGCAAGUAAAAGAUGUACAGAAAGUGGGAUGCCCACCGUUAAAGGGAGGUUCUCGCCUCAGGAUGCCUGCCACCUCGAGCUUAGCCUCGCGCUUGGUCCAUGAGAAAGCCACGGCUCCGACUGCAAAGCUGAGGAGUGAAGCCGAUUUCAGGUCUUCAGGCAGCAUGGGCGGUAUUUCAGCGCCUGAAGUCCAUGUGUCUGCUGCUGGAAGCAAAAGAUCUUCUUUUUCUCUCAACCGUGGCCCUUAUGGUCGGGAUAAUGGAUCCUUAUCCUACAAGUUCUUAGCCAGCCCACCUGCUUCCUGUGAAAAGGACCCUUUGUCAAGACUGGGCAAAAGCCAGCUGUGUCCUGCUAACGUCCGCCAGAAUCACAGAGCUUCUUCAGCCAGCAGGAGCAAGUCAGGCUCAUGCAAAGGAAGCGACAGCAGCUCAGUGAUGAGGCAAAACUGUAGGAGUGAUGUCAUGUGAUGUUUGUUUUUUUUUCUUGUCACCAUUUCUUGUGGUGACAAUCACAGCAUGAAGCCAGAAAAUCCAGAGCAGUAUUUAAAUUCUCUGCAGCAGAAAGAAGUUACAGUACGGCAUUUGAAAACAAAGCUGAAGGAAUCUGAGGGCAGACUUAAAGAAAGGGAAGUGGAAAUAGAAGAACUCAAAGCUCAGCUGGGACGGAUGAAGGAAGACUGGGUUGAGGAAGAGUGUCAUCGUGUGGAGGCAGAGCUGGCCGCCUUGGAAGCAAGAAGGGAAGUUAAACAACUCAAGCAGGUUAUUGAAAGCAUGAAAAACAGCUUGGCUGAGAAAGACAAAAAAAUGCAGCAAUACUUCAUAGACAUAAGCAUUGAAAACAAGAAACUGGAGUCUUUGCUGCAGAGCAUGGAGAUGGCUCAGAGCAGCUCUGUGAGAGAUGAGCAGUGCCUGGAGCACAGGUGUGACUCAGAGGGGAAGCCGUUGGUGUUGUGUGCCACAAUGCCAGACAGCCUCACCACAGAGGACCAAGCUCUGGAGGAGGUGGCAGAUAGUGGGCUGCUUCUUAAUGAGGGCACAGCUAACGGGACUGAUUCCUGUGAAGACAGUUUGACCACCAUAACCUCUGAGUUGAGUGAUCCAGCUCCCUCCAGUUCUGCUGUGACUCAAGAGAUGCUUGAAAGUGUUCUGGAUGAGAAAGUAACUUCUUUCCAGGAGGAGGAGAAAGUCAGCAAUGUGAUGGUGGAACAGGCCAUCCAGACUGACGUGGUGCCAUCUAGCCUAGAUGUGGAGCAGCUCAUUCAAAACAUCUUCAGAGCUCAAGACGCCUGUCCUCUAAGCCCACCAUCUUCACUGAAGGAACUGGGUGAAUUCUCUCCUGGAAGGUUCAGUGACUCUGGUAUCGUAGUGGACUUAACUCCAAGUCAUCUAAACGCUGCCAUCCUUUUGUCUCCUGUGGAGUCUCCCUGCAGGAAGGUGGAGCACGGAGUUAAUGAAAACCAUUUCGUGAAAGAACGUGAUUUUACAGAACCUCAUGAUGAUGAAGCCUUUGGGUAUGUCAAGACAGGAAUAAAGAAGAGAUAUGUAGCAGCCCCUGUUGUACCAACUAUCCUGUGGGCUUUCCGUACUCGGAGAGGAGGAACAGAUCCCGUUUACAGUAUUGGAGCAUUGUUUUGUGUUUGCGGCCUGGUGGCCCUGCACUCUUUACACCAUAUACCCUUCAAGAUGAGAACCUGAAGUCCACUCCAUCCCUGGGCACCGGCUGGCUGAGGCAGAGAGAAAGAGGGAUGAGAGAGAUCGUAAAAAGUUAUUGUCUAUUCUGGUAGUCCACCAUUUUGCUCCUGACUAUU